AUGUGGGACUUUGUGCAAGUCGCUGUGGUGGUGACACGUGUCCUGGAGAUUAGGUUCAGCAGUUUGACAGCAUCAGCAGUCGGGAGCUUCAACAGUAGUCCCCCAAGUUCGCAGUCAAGAAGUAACUUCUGGGUUGGGAACUUGCUUGGAGGAUUGGGUUGUGGCCCUUUGCUUGCUUCAGCAGACCUUGCUGUUUGGCAUUCUUUUGUGAGCCCACCCAUGAUUUAUCUCAAGGUUAGGCUUGGGCCCCUUAUGGCUAAGAGAUAUGGGUAUGGUAGUUUAGGCAUGGUCCCUGCCGUUCGGCAAGGUACCAAGGGGCUUUGGGCUAACGACUUGCAAGGGCUGGGCCCUAGAUAUGUUUCGGCAGGGGGUUGUAAUUGGUGCUGGCAAGAGGUGACCAAGGACCUGCGCAGUAAGAUCUACGAGCACUCCCGCAGCUGUUUCACUGCCCUUGCCAUUCGGCAAGGAGGCCUAGCUUGGGUGGCCUGGUGUCGGGUCUGUUUGAGCUUCGGCAAGAUCCCUCUAGGGAGAAGGUUGGGUUCGGCAAGGGGAGUUGGAUCGGAUUCGACGAGUGUUGAGUGGGUUUGGAGGAAGCCACACGACCUCCGUACGGGACUUGGACCUCCCUAUUGGCUAGGGUCUGGCUAUACCUUCCCUAAGAAUAGCUGGGUUGCUUUGGAGCCUUGCCUUGUUGAGGCAAGUGUUUUGCGAAGCCAUUUCUCCUCUAAACAACCCUUUCUGUUCGGCAAGGGUGGGCUGGAAAGUGCCUUGCUAGGAGCUGGGCCCUCUAUUGAGAAGGAUUUCGGCAAGGAGAAUUGGAGCUGGGCUCGAGACAGCUGUCGUUCGGCAGGCACAGGAGUUUCGUGUCUUUGGCAAGGUCUUGGUUCGGCAAAAUUCAGUUUUGGAGCUUCGGUGAAUGGGUUCUUCAGCAAGUGGGUGUCGGCAAGGUGGCUGAGCCAUGGAUCACCUAGAGCUGGGACUUGUAACUGGGCUUUACAAUUCAGCCACUUGGGAGGAUUUGGAGGAGCUGGGUCUUUGGCAGAUUGGGACCGUGGGUUCGGGCCUGCACCUGGGCCGAGUUUAAAUAGGUUUCUGCCCAGGCACCGUACAUGGGAAGGUGGAAGGGUUCUAGGGUUUUCUCGUGAAUCGAGGCGUUUGCACCCUUGGGAAAGUGAGAAGGAGAAAAGAGAUUUCCAGCGAGAUUUUGAUGGUGGUGCUUGUGGCCAAAGUGAUUUCCGGCGUCAUUCCGUGGUGGUGCAAACAAACUGUUGGUCCGUCGCAAAUCUCGCAGCCUGGUGCUCCGGGCCGAGGGGAUGUGCGUCAACACGUGAUGUCCUCCUUUUGGAUGCGGUGCGGUUGUGCGCGGGCGUGCCAGCACGGUCUACCGUGCGUCGAGGUGAUGAUGAGGUUCGGGUAGAAGAUGGUUUAAAUGUUGCGCCUGUUUUGCAUUCGACUCCUAAUCAAGCGAUUGUGACCGAGUGA